CACCUCUCUCGCGAACCAACGCGUCAUGUUUCGGUCUCUCGCUCGCUCUCCGCUUGUGACGGCGCUUGCCCAGGCCUCGUCUGCCGCACUGGCGGCGCAGACCCGGAUGGGUGGUCUGGUGAAGCUCCCGGCUGCUGGGGCUGCCUUCACCCGCGGCUACGCCGAGUUUGUCCGUGACAAGCCGCACGUCAACAUCGGGACGAUCGGGCAUGUGGACCACGGCAAGACGUCGCUGACGGCGGCGAUCACCAAGGUGCUGGCGGAGAAGGGCGGCGCGCAGUACGUUGACUACUCGAACAUCGACCGUGCUCCCGAGGAGCGCAAGCGCGGUAUCACCAUCUCGACCGCCCACGUCGAGUACGAGACCGACAACCGCCACUACUCGCACGUUGACUGCCCGGGUCACCAGGACUUUGUCAAGAACAUGAUCACCGGCGCGUCGACCAUGGACGGUGCUAUCCUCGUUGUCUCGGGCACCGACGGCCAGAUGCCGCAGACCCGCGAGCACGUCCUCCUCGCCCGCCAGGUCGGCAUCCAGGACCUUGUGGUGUACGUCAACAAGGUUGACCAGGUCGACGACCCCGAGAUGCUCGAGCUUGUCGAGAUGGAGCUCCGUGAGCUCCUCACCUCGUUCGGCUACGACGGCGACGAGGUGCCUUUUGUCUUUGGCUCGGCCCUCAUGGCGCUCGAGGACAAGGACCCGGAGAACGGCCGCGACUCGGUGCUCAAGCUGCUCGACAUUGUCGACGCCAGCAUCAGUGAGCCGAAGCGCGACGUCGACAAGCCGUUCCUCAUGCCCAUCGAGGACGUGCACUCGAUCGCUGGGCGUGGAACCGUCGUCACCGGCCGCGUCGAACAGGGCGUGCUGGCCAAGGGCGAGGACGUGGAAAUCCUGGGCCUUGGCUCCAAGUCGAAGACCGUUUGCACCGGCAUUGAGAUGUUCCACAAGCAGCUCGACGAGGCUCGUGCCGGCGACAACCUUGGCGCCCUCCUCCGUGGUGUCAAGCGCGACGAGAUCCGCCGCGGUCAGGUCCUCUGCGCCCCGGGCGCAUUCAAGGCCUACAAGGAGUUUGAGGCCGAGGUCUACGUCCUCGAGAAGUCUGAGGGCGGCCGCCACACCCCCUUUGUCUCCAAGUACGCCCCGCAGUUCUUCAUGCGCACCGCUUCGGUCACCGGCACCAUUGACGUCGUCGACGCCGAGAUGGUCAUGCCUGGCGACUCGGCCAAGCUCAAGGUCGAACUCAUCACCGACGUCCCCAUGCAGGAGGGUGACCGCUUCACCAUGCGCGAGUCCAACCGUACUGUCGGCACCGGCGUCAUCUCCAAGGUCGUCGCCUAGAUAGCUUACAUAGUGUUGAAUGAAAAGUGCGUCACCAA